AUGGAAGCAGCAGUGCCACGGCUCGUCUACUGUGGACCGGAGUCAAUUCGCUUCUCCGGCUCCUCCCGCCGCUCCUUCGUCUCCGGGAUUCCUCCUCGUAAUCGCUCCCGACGGAUUCUAGCCGUCGCCACCGAUCCCAAACCUACGCAGACUGGUCCACCCAAGUCCACCACCGUAAACGGAUCCUCUUCAUCGUCCGCGUCAAAAUCAGUCAACAACAAUGUCUCCACGAGAAUUGGCGAUGUUUCAAAAGAGAUUAAACGGGUGAGAGCUCAAAUGGAACAAGACGAACAGUUAUCUGUACUAAUGAGAGGGCUUCGUGGCCAGAAUUUGAAAGAUUCAGUCUUCGCCGAUAAUAAUAUUCAGCUAAGGCUUGUCGAGACUGGUGGAAGCAGUGAGUUCUUACCUCUGGUGUAUGACCCGGACACCAUUUCUGAGUACUGGGGGAAACGUCCUCGUGCCGUUGCUACUCGGAUUAUCCAAUUGCUUUCAGUCGCCGGAGGGUUUCUCUCGCGUAUUGCAGGGGAUGUGAUCAACAAGAAAGUUAAAGAGAAUGAGGUUUCUAGAGCAAUUGAACUGAGGGAAAUUGUAACUUCCUUGGGUCCAGCGUAUAUUAAACUUGGGCAAGCUUUGAGUAUUCGACCAGAUAUCUUGUCUCCUGCUGCAAUGACAGAACUACAGAAGCUUUGUGACAAGGUGCCUUCAUUUCCUGAUGAUAUUGCCAUGGCUCUUCUCGAGGAAGAGCUUGGGAAGCCAUGGUACGAAGUUUAUUCAGAGCUCUCUACGUCUCCAAUAGCUGCCGCAUCCCUGGGACAAGUUUACAAGGGGAGAUUAAAGGAAAACGGGGAUCUAGUGGCAGUGAAAGUACAGAGGCCUUUCGUUCUUGAGACUGUGACUGUUGAUUUGUUUGUGAUACGGAAGUUGGGUCUCUUUCUGCGGAAGUUCCCUCAGGUGUCAGUAGAUGUUGUUGGACUGGUUGAUGAAUGGGCUGCUCGCUUUUUUGAGGAGCUGGAUUAUGUUAACGAGGGAGAAAAUGGUACAUAUUUUGCAGAAAUGAUGAAGAAAGAUCUCCCACAAGUUAUUGUGCCAAAAACCUACCAAAAGUACACGUCUAGGAAGGUUCUUACAACACAGUGGAUCGAUGGCGAAAAAUUGUCUCAAAGUAUGGAGAGUGACGUUGGCGAACUUGUGAAUGUUGGUGUUAUUUGCUACUUAAAACAGUUGCUUGAUACUGGCUUUUUCCAUGCUGAUCCUCAUCCUGGAAAUAUGAUUCGUACCCCAGACGGGAAGCUUGCCAUUCUUGAUUUUGGUCUUGUUACGAAACUGACUGAUGAUCAGAAGUACGGAAUGAUUGAAGCCAUCGCACACUUAAUCCACCGAGAUUACGAUGCCAUAGUAAAAGAUUUUGUCAAGCUUGGUUUCAUCCCUGAUGGGGUCAAUCUAGGACCUAUAUUACCUGUCCUGGCCAAGGUUUUUGAUCAGGCACUUGAAGGUGGCGGAGCUAAAAACAUCAACUUUCAGGAGUUGGCAGCAGAUUUGGCGCAGAUAACUUUUGACUAUCCAUUCAGAAUUCCUCCUUAUUUCGCCCUCAUUAUUAGAGCUAUUGGUGUGCUCGAAGGGAUAGCUUUAGUAGGCAAUCCUGAAUUUGCCAUUGUGGACGAAGCCUAUCCUUAUAUCGCUCAGCGGCUCCUGACGGAUGAGUCACCUCGCCUGAGGGAGGCUUUGCGGUACACAAUAUAUGGCAAAACUGGAGUUUUCGAUGCUGAAAGAUUCAUAGAUGUGAUGCAAGCCUUUGAGACUUUCAUUACAGCAGCCAAAAGUGGAGGAGGAGAAGAUAUGAAUGGAGGCAUGGCUGAGCUGGCUCUUAUGCAAAGCCAGCCAAGCAGUCUUGCUUCUAUGUUUCCGACCAGCGCGUCGUCCCAACCGGACCAGCCAGCUCAAACGAGAGUCGCUUUGUCAUUCCUGCUUUCCGAGAAAGGAAACUUCUUCCGUGAGUUUCUACUGGAUGAGAUAGUAAAAGGCAUCGAUGCAAUCACGAGAGAACAGCUGGUGCAAGCUAUGGCGAUCUUCGGAUUCAGAAACGCUACACCAAUCUUCGGUAUGGUACCACCAACAUUUGGACCCUUCAAGCCUGCAGCACUACUUCCAUCAGUGACUGAGGAAGACAAAGUCAUAUUGAACAACGUUCAGAAAGUAAUCGAGUUCCUCACCGCGAGAAGCUCCAUGUCGAACGAUCCUGAUCAGAUCGUAGAUGUAUCUCAAGUGGUUAGAGAACUGCUUCCUGUGUUGCCUGGAAUCUCUGUGACAGUACUUCCUGAGAUUCUGAGUCGGCUUGGGUCACGAAUCAUGGCGAGAAUAGUUCGGGACACGUUUUUGUAA